GAUUACUCUGAUCAAAACCCUGUUUAUUGAUUGCAGACAGGUACAGCAGCAGUGGCCAAUGACACGUUACGUAUCAAACGUGGUUUUAUGUGUGUGCUGUUCUUCGACUAGGGAUUAGAGCAGAUCGGCUCAGUCUGAGCAGCAUUAAUAUUGCCUGUGCUGUUGCAACUGCAGUUCCAGGGAAGAUUUACCUCCGCAAUGUCAGAUUUGCGAGAGACUCUGGAUUAGGAAAAGCACCGAUUUCUGCUUUUUUUUUUUUUUUCAUUACAACAAGAAGAAUUCAACAAAACUUCCACGGUCUACAAUUCUAAUAAUAAGAAAGGGUUCCGAAGACUGAAUGAAAUCGCCCAGUUGUCGACUUCAGAAGCCGUGGUAGUUAGAUACAGUGCAUUGUGUGGUUUUUUUUUUUUUCCUUAAGUAAAACACUAGCCAUUUGGUGCAAGCAGAAGGAACGACGGAGUAAUGGCUACUCUUUUAAGAAAAAUAGGUCUGAUUCGACUUCACGACCGAGACACCGAGGAUCCUAAGCAUCACCAGGGCUCGUUCAAAGGCAGCAAAAGCAACCAGAAAAACAACGCUAAGCACUGCAACACGAGCAGCGAUAGCAACAGCAUUCUCAAUCCCCCUGAUACUAAAACGAAGAAGUUUGAGCAAUCAAAUAAGGACAAGCCGCCUGGCAAAGAGAAGCAGACGACCAAGGACAUCAAGGAAAAACAGCAAGUGGCCACAAGUAAAGCGCCCACCAACCCAUUGCAAACACUCGUACCGCACAGACAGCACUGCACCCAGGUCAGGACGAGGAGGUUGAUGAAGGAACUGCAGGAUAUCAAAAGGCUUGCUGACAAUUUUAUAACGGUGGAGCUGGCCGACGACAACCUCUUCGAAUGGAAUGUGAAGUUGCAUCAGGUGGACAGAGACUCUGCUCUAUGGCAGGACAUGAAGGAUACCAACACUGAGUACAUUUUGCUCAAUAUUUCAUUCCCCGACAAUUUCCCUUUCUCUCCGCCCUUCAUGCGGGUGUUGACCCCUCGGCUAGAGAAUGGCUACGUACUCGACGGAGGGGCUAUCUGCAUGGAAUUGCUGACCCCCCGCGGCUGGUCCAGCGCAUACACAGUGGAAGCGAUAAUGAGGCAAUUUGCUGCGAGUCUGGUAAAAGGGCAGGGUCGGAUCUGCAGGAAAGCCGGUAAGUCCAAGAAAUCUUUCAGCCGUAAAGAUGCAGAGGCCACCUUUAAGAGUCUGGUGAAAACCCACGAGAAGUACGGCUGGGUGUCCCCUCCUGUGUCUGAUGGCUGAUGUGGCAGUCUCUUUACCUUUCACAAGACUCAGAAAACUACCAUCUUCCUCAAUGCUACGCAUCUCCCGUCUACUUUUAGUAUUUUUCAUCUAGCUGCCAUGGAGCAUGUGGUGACAUUUUAAGUUAUUCAUGAGCAGGUGUUUUUACAGCUAAGUCUUGCCUAGUGGAUUGUGUUUCAGAACUGGAUAUGGCUCAUCGGGAUGGAUAGCGCUGCUAAUGAAAAGUUUGUACCCAUUCCUUCCGACUGACCCACUUUAUCUUGUGUGCGCUCGCUCUCCCUCAAUGCCAGCAAUGUACCACACUGAAUGUCAUCAGUAUUUCCAUCCACCACUGCUUCUCUCAUUUAAACGCAAAUGAAGCCGUUAAUAUUUGAUAGACAGGCAGUGCAUUUUGAGGUUCACUUUUUGCUGUGCUGUUUUUCAAGGCCAAUGCAACUUGGAGAUUGUAAUUUAUGUGGAGCUGUGCACUUUCUCUCUCUCUCUCUCUCUCUCUCUCUCUCUCUCUCUCUCUCUCUCUCUGCUAAAUUUAGAUCUCACUGUGUUGUAUAGAUGGCCACUGAUUUCCUAUGACAAAAAAAUCUAUAUAUGUUGCUUUUGUGGAGGUAUUGUAAAGAUAAAAUCCAAUGACAGUUUAUCAUGGUUCUUUAUUGAUAUUAUCUUGGAUUUUAGGAAAGCCAAGUAAUGUAAUUUGCUGAUGCUUUGGAUACCAGAUGUCUGAAUUGAUUAUAUGUGACCUGAGUGAGGG